AGCGGCUGGCAGGCGGGGGAGGGAGGGAGCGAGGAGUUCCCGGGGGCUCGGUACGGCGCUGCGCUUCCCCCCCCCACCCCUCCUCCUCCUCCUCCUCCUCCUCCUCCUCCUCCUCCUCCCCCCGCCCGCCCGCCCGCCGCUGUCCCCGCGCUGCCUGCCGGGGCUCAGGCCGCCACCGCCGCCGCUGAGCCGCUCCGAUCCGAGGCGAGGCCGGGCCCCGCCGUUGCCGCCGCCGGGCGCUGCGCAGUGUUGUUUCCUGCUGGACUCCCCCUGUCCCCACAACCCCCCAGGAUGAUAUGAGACUUGAAAGAAGACGAUGCAUACAGGAGGAGAGACUUCAGCAUGCAAACCUUCAUCUGUUCGGCUUGCACCAUCGUUUUCAUUCCAUGCUGCUGGCCUUCAGAUGGCUGGACAGAUGUCCCAUUCGCAUCAGCAGUACAGUGAUCGUCGGCAGCAGAACAUAAACGACCAACAGGUUUCUGCCUCAUCAUACACUGACCGAAUUCAGCAACCUCUAACAAACCAGAGGCGGAUGCCCCAAACUUUCCGUGAUCCAGCUACUGCUCCUUUGAGGAAACUCUCCGUAGAUUUGAUUAAAACAUACAAGCAUAUUAAUGAGGUUUACUAUGCAAAAAAAAAGCGGCGGCAUCAGCAGGGCCAAGGAGAUGAUUCCAGUCACAAAAAGGAGCGAAAAGUUUACAAUGAUGGCUAUGAUGAUGACAACUAUGACUAUAUUGUAAAAAAUGGGGAGAAGUGGAUGGAUCGUUAUGAAAUUGACUCUUUAAUAGGCAAAGGAUCCUUUGGACAGGUUGUAAAGGCUUAUGAUCGAGUGGAACAGGAGUGGGUGGCUAUCAAAAUAAUAAAAAACAAGAAAGCUUUCCUAAACCAAGCCCAGAUUGAAGUGCGUCUGCUUGAGCUUAUGAACAAACAUGACACUGAAAUGAAGUACUAUAUAGUGCAUUUGAAGCGCCACUUCAUGUUCCGAAACCAUCUCUGCUUAGUCUUUGAAAUGCUGUCCUACAAUCUGUAUGAUCUGUUGCGGAACACCAACUUCAGAGGUGUCUCAUUGAAUCUGACAAGAAAAUUUGCACAGCAAAUGUGCACUGCACUGCUUUUUCUGGCGACUCCUGAACUUAGUAUCAUUCACUGUGACCUAAAACCUGAGAAUAUCCUGCUCUGUAACCCCAAACGAAGCGCCAUCAAGAUUGUUGAUUUUGGCAGUUCAUGUCAACUUGGACAGAGGAUAUACCAAUAUAUCCAGAGUCGUUUUUAUCGAUCACCAGAGGUGCUACUGGGAAUGCCUUAUGAUCUUGCAAUUGAUAUGUGGUCCCUUGGGUGUAUUUUAGUUGAGAUGCACACUGGAGAGCCUCUUUUUAGUGGGGCAAAUGAGGUGGAUCAAAUGAAUAAAAUAGUGGAAGUUUUGGGGAUACCGCCUGCCCAUAUCCUUGACCAAGCACCAAAAGCAAGGAAGUUCUUUGAGAAGUUGCCAGAUGGCACGUGGAACUUGAAGAAGACCAAAGAUGGAAAAAGGGAAUACAAACCGCCUGGAACUCGUAAGCUUCAUAAUAUACUAGGAGUUGAAACAGGAGGACCAGGUGGACGUCGUGCUGGGGAAUCGGGUCAUACUGUAGCUGACUACUUGAAGUUCAAAGACCUCAUCUUAAGGAUGCUUGAUUAUGACCCUAAGACACGAAUUCAACCUUACUAUGCCCUACAGCAUAGUUUCUUUAAGAAAACAGCAGACGAAGGUACCAACACAAGCAACAGCGUGUCUACGAGUCCUGCCAUGGAGCAGUCACAGUCUUCAGGAACCACCUCUAGUACAUCUUCAAGCUCAGGUGGAUCUUCUGGGACAAGCAACAGUGGAAGAGCACGGUCAGACCCCACACACCAGCAUCGACAUAGUGGUGGACACUUCACUGCUGCUGUUCAAGCUAUGGACUGUGAAACACACAGCCCACAGGUUCGACAACAGUUUCCUCCUCCAAUUGGUUGGACAGCCACUGAAGCUCCUACACAGGUCACUGUUGAAAACCAUCCAGUUCAAGAAACCACCUUCCAUGUAACCCCUCAACAACAGAAUGCAUUACAUCAUCAUCAUGGAAAUAGCUCUCACCACCACCAUCACCACCACCACCACCACCACCAUCAUGGACAGCAAGCCUUGGGUAGCCGGACCAGGCCAAGGGUCUACAAUUCUCCAACAAACAGCUCCUCCACCCAGGAUUCUAUGGAGGUGGGCCACAGUCACCACUCCAUGACAUCCCUGUCUUCCUCAACUACUUCUUCCUCUACAUCUUCCUCCUCUACUGGUAACCAAGGCAAUCAGGCCUAUCAGAACCGCCCAGUGGCUGCUAAUACCUUGGACUUUGGACAAAAUGGAGCCAUGGACAUGAAUUUAACAGUCUACUCUAAUCCACGCCAAGAAACUGGCAUAGCUGGACAUCCAACGUACCAGUUUUCUGCUAAUACAGGUCCUGCUCAUUACAUGACUGAAGGACACCUUGCAAUGAGGCAAGGAAUUGAUAGAGAAGAGUCUCCCAUGACAGGAGUUUGUGUUCAGCAAAGUCCUGUGGCUAGCUCGUGACUAAACUGAAACUAAGUUUGUUUCUUGUGUGUUUUUAUAGAAGUGGUGUUUUUCCAAAAACAAAGUGCAAAGCUGCUUGAAUCAGAAGGAGAUAAACUCACUGAACCGCUACAGGAGGGCAAAGCUGACUAUUUUUUUAGACUUGAAAAGAUUGCAAAGGGACAAUGAAGUUUUUUUUUUUUUUUUUAAAGAGCCAUGUCCGGACCCACCUUAAUGAAUAGCUUAGUGGUGUUCACCUUUUGCUUCGCCCAUUUUAACUUGCCACAACCUCGUCAUAGUUUGUUUUUUGGGGGGAGGGUGUUUUUUUUUUUUUCUGUCUCAUUCAACAGGGGGCUAUUGUUAAAAUGUUGGCUGUAGCUGCAAACUAGUUUCUUUUUAAAGACAUUGCACAUGAUUUAUAAAAAGGCCCUUUGAAGAUUUUGGGUGGGAGGGGAGUGAGUAAUAUAUAUAUACAUAUAUUUUUUUUUUUAGUUCCCCAAACAAACAUGGGCACAGAAAUGCAGUACUGUAAGGAAGAGGGACCUUCAGAUUACACAAAUAUAUAUUCUUCAGUUGUAAAAAGGGACGGUUGUAAUGGAGUUUGUAAGGCACAUUAAGCAUGCUAAGUGGCGGUGAUCAGAACUCUCCUUAUCUGAAUCUACUGAGGAUCAAAGCAGCAAUUGUAAUGGGAAUCUGUGCGUCUCAUAUUUUGGAGACCACAGUCAGUUAGUAUUGAAAUAUGACUGGUUUCAUAACUAAGGUGCACUGAGAAGCAAUCAACGGGUCGGUCCUGGCCAGUCGUGGGGAGGUCUAAGUGGUGGUCUUUGGGAAAACCUUUGGCCUUAUGGAUUUGGACUCUUAAGUUAGAAGAGCCUACCAUUUCAGAUGCAAUCACUUUUGGACAUGCUUUUGCAGACAGUCCUUAAUGCUGAAAACACAGAGAAUGGGUAAUUCAAGAGGCCUUUCUUUUAAAAAUAGACUUUUGUGACCCACUUAUUGUAAGGUAUUGCAAGGUCACUUUGCGUGUGUCAUAAAGUUGACUUCCUUAUUGGUUGAAGGUCACAGAAGUAGUGGUUUGCGUUUGAUGGAAAUAGCUACAACUGUGUCCCUUCCUGCUUUUUACUUUUUUCUUUUGCUUUUUCUUGGCACGUGGUUUCUCCACCAUUACUUCUGCACAAAGACGUCUUCUGUUCAUCCUGAACAUUUUUAAAAAUGCAGAAUUUUAUGUGACUGCUUUUUUGCCUCACAAUUAUGCUGUGAAUUUUACAAAAAUUUAUUUUCUUUUUUGAUAAUUUAUUGUACCAAAGCUGUUUUUAUAGCACAUAGAUGUCUGUAACCAAUAAUGUAGCAGUUCUGCACUUUGACACAAGGUGUAACUAGACCAUUUUUAAAUGUCAGUUGAGAAUUAUGGCUGUACUAUUGCUUAAACAAAACUGGAACUGUUGUUGAAUUCAUAGCCAAUACAUUUACAGCAAUCUGUGUACUGAACAUAAUAGAUUGACAUCUACUUCAAGACUAUAACAUCUGUUACGUUAUAAAUGUGUUCAGGCUUCUGAAGGUAAAAGGGACACUAGAUCCAGAAGCUAUGAAACCAGCAGUUGAUUCUUGUAUUCCUUAUUAACAUAAUUGUAAACUUGAAGGCAAGACCUUGAUUGCAUGAACAGGUCCAAAAUAAUAGUCUGAGUAAAGCAAGACACUCACAUGAGACCUGAGGUUAGCAGGCUGUAUUUAACAGGUGCCUAAUUUUUGGGUAAUGCUGCCUUAAUAUAACACAGUCAGCUUGGCAGUUGCAAAAUUUAUGGGCCCAUUCAGAGAUUUAGUUGUAUAAAUAAAAGCUCAGUGAAAACCAUCUGAAAGAACAAGGGCAAUUCAGUGACUGCCCAUCCCAGAUUAACACUGUUUGCCUAUUAUAUAUUACAGAAGCAGUGAUCUACCUCUGCCAGUAAGCCCUUUUAAAACUUAAUUCAGCAGAAAAUUCAGAGUUCACACUGGUCAGUUCCAUGUGGCUAAGUAAUUUUUUUCAGACUAAAAGGUGGACUUUUUUAUAUACUUAGAGUGGCAACACAGCAGCUGGCUACCGUGUAGAUGGGAAUGAAUACUUGGGAUUACCAUUUUUUUUUGUAAAUCACAACUUUUUUUUUUUUAAUCAAGUGAUCCAUAUUUCUUUUGUAUCAACAUGUCAACCCUGUGGAUGAAACUGUUUUUUUUUUCCUGUUUCUUUUCUUUUUUUCUUAAACUCAGUAAUUCAGAGUUUACAGGAAUUGGAAGGCUGUCACCUUAAAAACAGGGUGCUGAGUUCAGCAAUAUAGAAAGGAAUCCAGUACUUACUGCUGUCUAGGAAUAUAAGGGUAAUACGAAAUCUGGGUAAUUUUUGUGUGCGUGGGUUGCCACACCUUAGCAAGCGCCAAAAAUGAAGCAGUUUAAAAAAAUACCUACAUAAAGAAGAAACCGCAAAAUCCAGUGCUUCUGCAUACUGUGUUAUGUUACAGUCCAGUUUUGUGUGCUUUACUACACAGUUUGGUUACAGGACUUCUGUGCAUUGUAAACAUAAACAGCAUGGAAAAGGUUAAAUACCUGUGUUCAGAUUGUAAGAUCUAGUCCGGACUUGCUGUGUAUAUUGUAACGUUAAAUGAAAAAGACAAGCCCUUUGUAUUAUAGUCAUGCAGUCUUAUGUAUGAUAAACAGUUGAAUAAUUUGUCCUCAGACUCUUUACUGUGCUUUUUGAAAAAAAGAGUAAUUUAAGAAAAGAAAUGUAAACAUAGUAAAUCUUCCUAUGCAAUUAACCUACUCCAAGCCAUGGUAUGGUAGGUAUGAUUAUACUAUAAUAUGUAAAUAUCAGAUACAUUGAAACAGACUUAAAAAUAUGAAAGUAAAAGUUGGAGGCGUAAUGGAUAAUUUUGAGUUUUUAAUUGAAACAGCAAGGUAUACAAAUCAUUGAUGUAUGAACACAGCUCUGCUUGAUUCUGUUUGACUGUAUUUGUAGUUUGAGUUGUUUAUAUUAUCAUCUGUUAGUUUGAAUGUUCUUAUACGCACUGCAGCUUUCUACCUAAUACAGACUAGCUGAUUUUAAGGCCAGAAGUGACCAUGGUAAUGAAAUAAUCUGACUGGCAUGCCAUUCAUUAUCUCUAGGAUACAAUCUAGUUAUUUUUGCAUCAUGAAGUCUGUAUCUUUUGGGUGCAAUAGAACAUGCGUUUUAAAAAAGAUAGCCAGUUUCCAUAUAGGUUCUUCAAGCGUGAGGAUUUCUCCGUGUCUCCUGAGUGAUUCAGCUAGUUCAUUUUCCAUGCUCGUAGUCCUCCUUUGGUUUCAGAACUGUUUAGUUACAGCUGCUGGCCACCGGAUAGCUAGCCGCCUAUUAGAAUAACUAAUAACUACUCUAGGUUUAAACUCUUUCACUUUAUUCACAUAAAAAUAUGUUAACUUUAAUAACCUAUGUAGAUGGAGUUCCUUAUAUCUCUAACUGUAAAGCUUUUAUGGCUCUUCUGAAACUUCAGAUGUUUUCAAAUCCAUUCUAACGCGUGGACGUGAGAACUGCAUACAGCAUUCUGGUAGUAACUUCGGUAUUGCUGUGUGCGUGUAGUAUGUGCAGGUACAUUCUUGAACCUUUCAGUUUAUAUCUUUGCUUGUUUGUUUAUACCUCCAACGAUUGCAUUUUAAAAUCUUUCAGUCUCAGUUAUUUGCAUUAAAAGAUUGUAAAUUUAGAUGAUUAUCCAUCAUGAUUCCUAAGUCCUUUUCAGAACUGCUGCUCUUCCAGGAUGUAGUCUUCCAUCCUGUAAGUAUAAUGAUGUCUGAAUGGGACUGGUUUACGGAAGGGUUGGAUUCACCUAUAGAUGUGACUUGUCUCUGUUUAUCACUCUACCAUCAUUUUCAUUAAACCAUCGAUAAGCUUAUAUUUUAUUAACUGAAAAAUCUUAAACUGCUUUGAAGAUAAAUCCUGUCAAAAUAUAUCUUUUUUUAACAAGGAAGUUAUCUAAAUCCAUAACCUUCUGACACAGAGUGUUUAGUAUGUUCUGUGUUGAUUUAUAGAUCAAAUUAUGUUUCAAUAAGAUUGUUGUAUGGAACUUCAAACUAGUAUGGAAGUAUCUUUCCAGUUAAAAUGGCACGAGUAACUAACUACAAAGUAGAGUUAUUGCUGAGAAUUGAUCUCAUGAGGAUAGUUUGUAUGUGAUCCAGCAUGACUGUGGCGAGUGAUGUAUUUUUAUUUAGAAGAGUGGAUAUUAGAAUUGUGCAAUGUCUUAUGGCUGCCAAGCAAAGAAAGAUGCCUUGCCAAAUUGUAGUUUCCUGUUAUAUAUCCCUGUUUCUUUUUCUCAUUCUAUAUAAGCAACCUCUUGUUGAAAACUUUGCAAUUGGGAUUUAUUUCUCCACCUCGCAGUGACAGUUUAACUAUUUGUUCCCUGUUGAUUAAGAUGCCUUGUUUUUAUUUCAACAAUUCUCCAUAUUAGCCUUAUCAAAUAUAUAUGAUCUGCCUAGACCCAA